AUUUUUAUCCAUGUUAACUGCAGUGACAAAUAACACAAGUACUGUCAUAACAAUAAUAUUUGUUUACAUUAUGAGUUAGAAAUGAACUGAAUGACAACUAAACAUCAAAUGGCUUUAAUACCUUUCAUGAUGAUUGAGUCAUUUGAGGUGCCACAAUCCCACAAUCACCAGUGUCAUAUUGCAUCAGCUAAAACUAUUUGUCAUUUUGAAAUAUACUGCUCCUUUAAUUAAAGAUCAUAGUUUUGCUCUGAAAGUGUAAAUCAAUUGAGUAAAAUCAAGCUUUAACUGCCCACUUUACCUGAAUUCACCAUAUUUGUUCAACAUGAGACUAAAAGAAUCUAAAUAAUUGUUUAUUUCAAUUAUAAAGUUUAAAUGAUCAUUCGUUCAUUGUUCUAAAUUGAUGCAAAUGUUUUUUUUUUUCUAAUCCACAUCAAUACCUCAUAUAGAAAUGCUUGAUUAAUGCUGUUUAUAAAUCUGAUUCUCAGAACAAAUUCUCACUGCCUCUGGGACUGAAAACAAAAAGUUUGACUCACUUUCUCAAAAAAUUUUGAUAAACAGGGUUGUUCUUUUCAUGAAAAACAUGAUUAUGUGAUUUUAGUAAUGAAAGGUUAAAUGUAUAAUAAUUAUGGUAAAUAUUGGCACAAGCCUUCCCAAUACCAAGGGAUUCAUCUUACCUCAAAGUGUCUAAUGUAACACUUAAGAAAAAAAGUGUUUAUUCAUGUAUUUCUCUUACGAAUAACUUUACAUUAAAUUUGAAAAAAGAAAUUUCUAAAAUAUUCAUUAGCCCAUCCUAAAUAAAUUAAUGUAUCAGUUAAAAUAUUUUCAGCGCUGAUUGCCUCGUGGACCUUUCCCAAUCCCAGUCUCUCUCUCUCACACUUGUUUCCUGUCAUGUCUCCACUUUUUCUAUCAAGAAAAAAAAAAAAAAAACACUGUGAUGGAUGAAGAGAUAGAUAGAUAGGUCCUUUCAGAGUUUAAUGUGAAAGGGUUAAAAACACCCAAAGGUGAUCAAAAACUCCACCCUCUUACAACACUUACCAGGAAGAGACUGACUUCUUAUUUCUCCUUUCUUACAUAUUUUCUCCUCUUUGACAAAAGCAAAAAAGAAUCAUCCAUCAGUGGAUAAUGAACAGAAAAACUUUAACUUGUUUCUGGACAGACAGCAGUGUAUCUUUGUGAUUCUUGUGGUUAUUCAUGUUUAAAACCGUUGUUCAGAAAGAGAAAGUAAAGUUUUGAUUGCUGGAGCUCAAACAGUGAAAAUGGCUUCUUCAGUUGAAUAUGACUAUAAUUGUCCCGUGUGCUGUGAAAUCUUCAAGGCUCCUGUUCUUUUAUCAUGUAGUCACAGUGUCUGUAAAGAGUGUCUUCAACAGUUCUGGAGAACCAAGAAAACUCAGGAGUGUCCUGUCUGCAGGAGAAGAUCCUCAAAAGAAAAUCCUCCAGUAAAUCUGGCAUUACAAAACUUGUGUGAGUCAUUCCUGGAGGAGAGAAAUGAGAGUCGUUCAUCAGGAUCUGAGGAGAUCUGCAGUUUACACAGUGAGAAACUCAAACUCUUCUGUGUGGAGGACAAACAGCCUGUGUGUUUAGUGUGCAGAGAUUCAAAACAACACAUCAAUCACACAUUUAGACCCAUCAGUGAAGUUGUUCCUUCAUAUAAGGAGGAGCUCAAUACAGCACUGAAGUCCUUACAGGAGAAACUUAAAAAGAGAGAAAACAUGAAAAGAGAGUUUGAGAAAACAGUUCAACACAUCAAGGAGUUUCCAGUCACAAUGGAAAGAGUCCAGAUCUCACAGCCGGAUCCACAGACGCCUUCUGGAGCUUUGAUUCAUGUGCCACGUUACUUGGGCAACCUGCCGUUCAGAGCCUGGAAGAAAAUGCAGGACAUUGUCCAAAACA